AAGCGACGCGUAUCGCGCACUAGAUUGUGGCUGGUCCAGGUCUCACCUGCGUGUUCCCUCGUGCCCGUCUUUCUUUUAUCUCCUGCCACUCUUUUCGAACGAAUCGAAUCCCUGGUCUCUCUGUAAUAUCCUGUCUCUUCGAUUCUGCUUGUACCGGUAAGGGUGAAGCAAUGAUCGUGUCGGUUUGGUUCGAGGAUGGAUCAUCGUAGAGAAGACAAACGAAGGUGGUGGUUAUUCGUUUCAACAGAUGCUCGGUAGAGUACGAGGAAGGGACUGCGGGAGAAAGAGUGUAUUGCUAUUUUCGAGACGUCGUGGAGCCCGGCCAACGCGUGCGUCCGGUUCACGGUACGAAAAAAAACGAGAGAGGGAUUCGCGGGUGGAUGGUAGAUCCACGAUAGAUCCUGCGAUCGAUCCGUGGCAUCCUCCUCUCAUCGUGAGAAUCGUUCGGCGAUCAAUUCGAACCGCGCGUACGAUCGUCCAGCCGAUCGUUAACCCGCGUUAACCCUUGAUAUUUAAUUCGGAACGAAUUAAUCGGUCAUUAGUUGUCGUGAAGAAACUCGGUUUCUGUGCUUUCUCUGAGAGUUCGGUUCGGAUCGAAAGUGUUUCGUGCGAGAGAACGAUGAUCAAAGAGCGUGGGAUCUAUCGUCGAUCCGAAGCAGAGGACGAAGUUCGGGUUUAGUCAAGAGAGAAGAUGCUUCCAUCGAAGAUCUAGUGCUCUCAGUUCGUAGCAAUGAUUCCUAUACUUUGUCGAUUAAUCGUCAUGGAGAUUGGCCUCUGGAGAAUGUACGAUGUUGGAAGGUGGCCGUGCAGUGAUUUGCCUCCUUGUAUCAGCGCGACGAGCUGCACGCCACCCAAAAGAUUCACGUACUAACCCAGUUGCACCUGUUUGAACAAAAAGAUACCACCAGUUGCAGAAUCCUGCACCGUGUAACCCCAUGACGCAUUUAACACAUGGCCCGCCUGGAGAUACCAAGUAUAGUGGUGCAUAAAGGCAGCAGGUCGCACAGUCGACCUGAUAGUCCCACGGUGGUGGUGCGAGGAGGAAUGCCCUCGCUGUCGUCCACCAAGCAAGGCUUCGUCUCGAACGCGUCGUACCAGGACAGCCCAGACUCGGAUAUGAUAGACGGGAAUACUAAUCCGAAUGUCGGCUCUUCUCCAGCAUCGAACUCGCUCCAUCGCGGAGGGUCUUGCCCCUCUGAAAAAUCAGAGACGGAGAACAAGAAUUUUCGCAAUAGGACAAAUACAAAAGUGAAACUGCUGGUCAGAAGUCUUGCUAUGAGAGAGUCAGCGUCGCCUCCUAGGGACCCGCAGAACGGCUCGUCGCCGCCGCAGAGCCCGCAAUCGAUGGAUGGCGAGAAGAAGUUCGUCGGCAACCUGUCUCCUAAUUCGAACGCAAAGCUUAACAACAACGAGUCAAUGUUCAACAGCAAUCUUUGCCCGAGUCAGUCCCCGAAACAGAUGCGCAACACGGCUACGUCGCCCACCUGCCGAACUCCAUCUCGAAAUGGUCAAUCUAGUCCCUCUCAAGUUCACUCACCAAAGAAUAACACGUCACCGACGAACGGCAACAAGCAGGAUAAUCAGCGGAAGAUGGCAGGCUCGAACGUGGUUCAGAAAUGCAAUAACUGCGUGAAGAACAAUCAGAAUGACAGGCCCGGAUUGCUGCAGACGCCGCUGUCUCCGUCGAAGUCGGGCCAGGCGUUGCAGCACUCUCCGAAGAGCACGAACCUGGCCCAGAACUCGCAGAACAAUCAACAGAAGUCGGAACAGCAGCGCAGACCGAACAUGUUGAAUAUCUGCAACAACCAGUGCUCGAUGCAGUGCGGAAACACUCUGUCCGUGAGCAGACCCAGCUCGCGGCACAAGCUUAGGCAUCAGAAUUCUUCUCAGGGUAGCUUCGACAGCGCGUCCCCUUGUCUCUCGCGAGAUAGCAGUACAGAAUUGUACACGGACAGCACCGGCAUAGAUUUGGAGCAUUUCAUAGCCGAGACCAUAAAUCGUAACCAAAAGGAUCGCACGGUGCUCUUAAAAAUCGAGAAAGACUUGAUAGAGUUCGCGAAGGACAAGCAGAAGGUUAGUCACAAGUUCCCUAACAUGUCCUCUUACAAUAGGAUGUUGGUCCACCGAGUGGCGGCUUACUUCGGCAUGGAGCACAACGUAGACCAAUCCGGAUCCUGCGUGAUAGUCACCAGGACGAAGAACAUGCGGAUUCCGAACACACGGUUCAAGGAGCACAUCAGGGACGACCUGAUACUAUCGGAGGAACCACGUCGAAGCAUCCUGAAGAGAGACUCGAGCUCGUUCGAGGACAGCUUCAAUUUUAAAUCGCCCGACAGACUGUCCGGCGAUUACUGUCGUCAGAGUAAAAGUUUCGAGGAACGGGAAGAAGAAUACGAACGCGCACGACGGAGGAUAUUCAAAGACAGCGGCGAGGUCACAUCUUGGCCUUACUGGUCGUCCUCCGAGAGCUCUGACGCUUCCGCGAGGUAUCGUCUGCUCCAUCCAUCGGACCACACGAUGAGUCUAUGUUGUGCUUGUAACAGGCAAACGAAGCUCGUAAAGGGCGAGUCGUUUGACAGUCGGGAGUCCUGCCGAGGUUCGGUGCUAAGGCCAUCCGUAUCUAAGUCGUUCAGCUUCGGCGGCUACACCAGGGGCAUGCUAUCCAGGGGUGACAGCGUCACGUCUACACACAGCGCGGGAGCUCGCCUCAUGAAGCAAGAUUCAGGUGCUAGUAUGUGUUCACGGCUGAGCCCUUCGAGUAGCGGUUAUAAGUCUCAGAGCCAGCGGAGUGACGCGACGAUAUCGCCAUCACCUUCCCCGUCCCCGGUAGCGACCAUGACCUGCAGUCAUACCCAAGUAUCUAGUCAGGAUUUUGCCUCGCCGGACUCGAACAAUCAAACGGUAAUGUGGGCAGUCACUAGUAUAUCGAGCGUUCCGCCGGGUAGCAUAAUCAUAAACCCUCAAACGAAUCAACCGUACACGAAUCCGGAUGGGUCGAUCUAUCGUUUCGAUCCGGAGAAUCCUCCGAAAUUUUAUACACCUCACGAGAACGAGAGGAGCAACGUGUCGCCCGCGAAGAACAUCGAAUCAUCCGAGCCACCGAAGAUGUCGAGCAACGCGAAGACCGAGAAGAAGAAGUGUGGCAAAUACAACGGUGGUAACGCGACGGCGGUGACGCACGUGACAAACUCGGCGACGUCGCCUAGUUUGCCGUACACGCCGCCUCCCCAGCAGAAUCCGGGACCGCCGCCGCCGCCACCACCGCCACCGCAGCCACCGCAGCAGCAGCAGCAGCAACAAACUCUAGUCAAACCGCCGUCGUCGUGCAGCCACAACCAAACAGCUCAACCGUACACGACCUACGUGCCUACCUCAGAACAACCAUACAACCAGGGUGUCUAUCCGCCGUCGGUGGGACAGCAGGCUGUGAUGAUGGCCCCACACCAGGGCCAAGGAAACGUCCCGAGCAACGGCCAGGGUGACGUGUUUAACCAAAAUUCAGUUUACACGAAUUACGCGGCCGUACCUGUGCAGCAAGGACCAAUGUCUCAAACUACGGAGAUCACCGAGCUGUCCGGGUACUUCAUGGGAAUGAGUGUCUACGAUCAGAGGAUGAGCGGCGAUAAUCAUUCCACACCGCCACAAUCUUUCGCGCAACCGCAACCUAAUUCGACGAGUCAGGGGGUGCAGAGUGUGCAGACCAUGCCGCAGAAUUACUGGCAGCCACCGCCCAGCGCUGUACCGCCCCAACAGACAAUGUAUUUUGUGCCCCCGCCCGCUGCAACACUCUCGGUCAGCCAGGGUCCGGGCGAUAGGCAGCAGUUGCACCAGCAACAGAGAUUCGCGACGAACUAUUCUUUUAAUGCACAAACUAUGACUCCUCCGAGCCAAUCCAAUUCUAAUUACGUGGGCAGUUACCCUGUCCCUUACAACGCUUCGAUGCCUGGUGUAACACCCGCGCCAAGCGAUUAUACGUACCAGCCACCGGUUCACAUGGUCUCCACGUACUAUCCACCUAAUCAGGCGGCGAUCCAACCACCGCCCGUCAUGUACAGAGUACCGACGCCACCGAACACUCCCACUUCUAAUCAGAUGCCCGGGAUGCCGUUGAUGUACAUCAACUCUAGCAGCUAUCCCCCACCAACGAUAGUAUCGAAUGGAACGUUUGGUCACCAAGUCGGGCACAACGGUACAUCUCCCGCACCUCCCGCGACAUAUAUGACUCCCGCGCUGGUUCCGAAUCUUGUAUUCAGACAAAACGUUCCUGUCGUCGCUGGCGUUCGAGCUUCGACGCCGGGUAAUUCUCAGAGAACCAGCAGGUCGCCGACACCAGCGCACGAUCUGUUCGGAAGUGGGAGCGGGGACAGAAACGCACAACCACAACCACGGUACCCACUGCCAAUGUAUCAGGGUGUCCAUAUUGUGCAAGGUACGUAUUCUUUAUUCGUGCCAAUACGUCCCCGAAGAGUUACUCGAUUUAACUUUGUAUUUGACAUUUAUCUGGUUCCAGGGGACAUGAGGUUGAUGCACCCCGCGGUACCAGCCAACCCGCGGUUGCAGUACGCUCCAGUACCAUCACCACCUGUUGUUCAGGGUUGCCCACGACCGUACCGACCGCCGUCUUACUCGUCGAACACCUCGGGCGCCGGCACACCCACCUCGUUUGAUGGAAGAAAUCCGAAAAUCCGUAAACAGAGGUCCAAAGUAGCACCGUUGCCACCGACAGGCGCUCGGCCCAAUCUUUAUCAGACCCCUUCCAUGCCGUCUCUCUCGUCUAACGUGCCGAAGGAUAUCAGAGAAGGGACCGUGAAGGUGACAAUCACCCGUCGUAACCAACUGGUACAAUACUAAAAUAAUUUGGGCCAAUAUUUGGGGAAGUUGAUCAGCGCUGAACAGCGAAAUAACAAAAUGUAAAACAAAAGACAAUUUAGAAGGAGUGAUUUAUCGCUAUACACAUAGAAACACAUAACAGACGCAUCCCCCACACACGAUCCUUAUUAUUAAUAUUAGAACGAUACUUUUAAUUAAUUAUUUAAGAGGAAUGGAGUAUAAAGAAAGCACACACUGCUAGAAUAUAAAACUAAUUCACACGUUUACGAAUCGAAAAAGAAACGAACAAAAACGAAAACCACCCCAUAAAAAAAGAGAUAUUACACAUCCGUUUUGAUAAAACACCGAAGCCAAGAGUUGCAUUGAAUUCGUUCAUGGUAACUAGAAAAAAAGUAACAUCUGAAUUGAGGAGAAGUACGGCAGGAGACGUGGGAAAUAUACACUGCGUGUACAAAAGGAUAGGAUCAAUGCGUGCGUUGUUUUUUUUUGCGUAGAGCGCGAUAGACACAGUGGUACACACCGAACAGAGUUACUGAACAGAAUUUUAAACUAUUACGAUUAUUAUAUAUUAUAUAUACAGUAUAUUAUAUUAUAUCUGGAGAUAUUUUAAUCGCGGUUUUUCAGAUAAACUAUAUGAAUGUGAGAUUUACUUUUAAGGAAAGGUAAUUUUAACGUGAACGCAUUUCGGAUUCCCUGGCCCCGGCCCUAUCAGUCGCGGCCGGCCAGGGAAACCUUGAUUAAAGAAAUAUACGAGUAUCGUAAUAUACACGUUACUGAGUACGUUUACAGCCGCGAAAUAGCUGUCGAGAAUCUCUGGCUCCACGUUGCUCACCGUGAAAUAUCCGUGUACUGCCAUCGAGGACCCGCGUUUCGAUCUCGAGAGUAAAUAUUAGGGAGAGCAAAUAAAAUAAAUGCUGCCAGUCACGAUUCGAGGACAGAGUAAAAUUAUUUGCUACCUCAAUUUUAUAUAAAAACGAGAGUUCUUUCACGUUACAUCGGCCUUUUAUGAAAACGGAAUUGCGAGCUCCUAAAAGAAAGCUUUUUCAUUCUUUCCAUCGCAAUUCCAUUCGAGAGAAAUGACGAGUCGAGCGUUUGGUAUAAAUCGAAUGAUUCAUCUCGAUGAUCUUUUGUCGCCGAACGCUUCUGAUCUCUCUUAUUGUUUUGAUCGAAGUUUGCUGACAAAGAGAACACGUAAACGUAUUCAGUAGCACGGGUCUAUUAUAUCUAGUUUGACACAAGUAGUUAAGUAGCGCGAAACCAUCACAGCUUAGUGUCAAAGAGCAAAAAUACAGAAACCUGCCUCGCAUGCGUCUUUAAACGACCUUUCUUCUUUCCGUUCUAAAAUAGGGAAUUGAUACCAGACGCGUAAGUUUUACGACGAUUUAUUUUUUCGAAGAAAAGUUAAAUACGAGACGUACACACAGAAACGCAGUAACUAUGAUUCGUCUUCCAAGCUUCACAGCACGCUUCUGAAUCCUAAUAGAUGUUCGAACUACGUAAUUAGAUAUACGUAUCUACUUUUCCUGCCCUAUUAGUUACGACUUUUAUCCAGAAUCGUCAACGAAUAUUUCAAAAGCUUGAUACGGACGGCAGUUUUUUUUUUAUCUUUUAGUCGACUAGUUUGAAUUUCUGGGACUAUGGUCAUGCCCUCGUGAUUCCUUUUUCGGUCAUAGUUCCAGCAUUACCUUGAUGGUACUCUGUCAGUAGCUCUACCAAUUCCCGAUAUUGUCGAUGGUCUUGACCGAGUCGAAGAACCUGGAUGGGGUUGUCGUUGUUGCUGCUGUUGUGAUAGACCCGGUCUACGAAUGCAAAGAUUCUUGCCACUCAGAACGAGAUCAGCCAGAUCCCUUUGUUGAGGGAUUUUGGGCUGCUCAUGGAAAAUAGUUUAAUUUUCUACGAUGUUCACCGUCCUGUGUUGGUCGAGACGUUUCGACGACGAUUCUCAAUAAAAGGCGAAUACACGAGGCUAAUUACAAUGCAAGAUAAGCAAUAUAUGUAUCAGUUUGGCAGCGGUGAUGGUGACGCGUGAUCGUCGUAAUUAAUAAUGUCUCCGUCUGUGAAAAAAGUUCAUCUGCGGAUCAACGUAGAUGAUCUUCGUUCGAACGAGCCGUAAAUUCGAUCUUAAGUUUCGAUUAGAUUUUUCUCCGUUUGGUAUAACAGGAGAGGUGUACGUUGUUCCGCAUGAGAAAUAACAAGUGGAAUCCAUCCAGAAGCUUCGCUUACGGUGAUUGUACUUCAGGACGUAGGUGAAGGGUGUGCCUAUCUUUUUAUGAUAGAGAGAAACCUUUCUACCUUGUGCCAAUCGAUGUUUGGCACUUAUUCGUUAAGAAAGCGUGAUAAAUUUUUCAUGAAAACGAUGAGAAAAAUAGAUUUAAAGAUAGGGCGGGGCGAGACAGAGACCUGAAAUAAAUUAUUAGACGGACGAACGAUAUUAAACGUUUCAAUUAUAAAGAGAUGGGCGCACAACAAAGUAGUGUUUAACUGUACCUAAAAGUCGUCGUAGUGAUUAACGAGAAUAAUUGUACCUAUAAAAAUGAAAUCAGUUCACGAAUCUCUGUAAGACAAUUAACGAAAAGGGAGAGGAAGGAGUGGAUGAGAAAACAAAAAGAAAUGAAAACUGUAUCAAGAGGAACCCGCCUGCAAUUACCGUUCAUCGUUAUUCACAAGCCGUUCUGUCUGUAAUUUGAAUUGUCAAGAACGUGAUUUGCAGGCAGCGCAGCUGAACCAAAGUCAUGAUUGCAAUUGCACAGUCACGUCUAUUUAUUUUUCAUUUUGCUCGCAUACGCUUUUAUCGGAACGGUCGACGCGUCCACCGUUGCACUUCCGGUCGAUCGAUCCUAAAACCGUUUCACGUGUUCUUAUUUCUCUUUUGUAUGAAUUAACCCUUCCUCGCUGCCAUCAGACAAUGUUGUCAAGGGAGGGUGCAUCGGCGGAUGCGUCGAACAUCGUUCGGCCACAAGUGAUUUCGUAACUUCGCUAUUCUAAAAAGAAAGAAAGAAAGAAAGAAAGAAAGAGAGAAUAGAAGCGAUGAUCCGCCUUUUGUGGAGAGAAACUACGUUCACGAUCAAGAGAAAACGGGUGAUAAAUAAGUUCGCAAGACCUCACGUUCGUUUCCUACUAUUUUUGUAUGCAACAUAAGAGAAAAAAAAACAAAGGAAAUUGACAGUAGCGAGAAAAAAAAUAAAGCAGUUCGUGUGUGAGAGUGGGAGAGGAUGAAGCCGAAGGCGUGAAACGGACACGAGAACUAAACAGGAUCGAGGAUGCACUUGAUUCUUCCUGAUCACCUUCUGUUUGAUCGCCUUUAACCGCGGCCGAGAGUUGUGAUUCAUUUUUUUCGCGAUUAGUCGAUGAUUGACACCGGCCCGAUGAAACUUUCGUCCACGCGUGAACGAAUUUUCAAUUGUUAUUCGCGCGAUUCGAUGUAAGGAUAUCGGCGAGAAGCGAUAGAAAUUUCCUGGUUAGAAGAACGAUUCGAACCCGAUCGAUUAAAUAUAUUUUCUGUGGACAUUUAAUUUCUGGAAGUUCUGGCAACUUCGUUUAAUCGCUUCUCGCUCGUUCCAAGUAAUAGGAUUCGAGAUCGGUAACUACUUUUUUAUUUGAUUCUCUGCCGUUCUUUAAUUUUAUCAAGACUGUGCGGGACGCAGGAAAGACGGGUUACCGAUCUCUUUAGAUUUUAGCUGCCGCGAACUCAUCGUUACAAAGAGAAACAGAAGUUAAGAGCUUGGCAGCCCACGGUGAAUAUAUUUCAGAUCGGAACGACGGGGUUGAGAGAGCUGCAAUUCAGAUUCUCAUUAUUUUCAGCGAACUCGAUUACGUUUCUUCUUUUUUCUUUGGACAUAUCACGUGGAGCAAACGAUGGCUGUGCCUUUUAUGCUUAAUAUAUUAUAUCUUGAGUUUCCUUUCGAACUGAUUCACGUGCAGGAUAGAUUAGGCUCGUCUCUGGUCCCGCGUUUCUGAUGUUUAAUAGGGGAGAAUCAUUUAAAUAUAUUCACUCGCCACGGGCCAGUUAGGAUGACGGUCGACUCUUUGAAGUUCGGAGAAAUGAUUUCGUUUUGUUCGUCUUUUUAAUUUCAAGUUUUUGAAUUAGAAGAAACUUACGAAGAUUCAAAGAGUCGCGUCGGAGAGGAUAAUCGAAGGAAUGAGUGAGUGAGUGUGCGUGGAGAGGAAAAAGAAGUAAUAAAAAAGAAUAAACCUACGAUGGAUCGAAGGUGAAUUAGGAAUCGUAUGAUGA